UGCGUCACAUGUUAGAACAACACGAAGUUCUUCGCGGUAUUUUCGGUACCGUAUACAGAAUAGCAAUUUCUUCAUUCAUAUUUGUACAAGUUUUGAUUGUUAUCGUUCAAGAGGAAAAAACUUUCCUGCCGCUGAAAAGUUGGACGCCUUUCGAUUUGAAUACAAACUCGGUUUAUUAUCCAACGGUGAUAUUUCAACUGAGUAUCGUUGGGAUACUGAUAUUGUGUGAUACAAGUCUGGAUUGUUUGUAUUAUAUUGUAGCGGACGUCGCUUGCUGCCAAUUGGAUAUUUUGAAAGAAAACUUGAGAGAAAUCGAUUCCAGGGGAGAUUUAAACGUCGAACAUGAAUUAAUAAUGUGUAUCAAGUAUCAUCAAGACAUAAUACGGUUUGUCCAUCAGAUCGAACAAGUUUUUUCCGUACCACUGUUUUUAGAAUUCUUUAAAAGCAUUGUUAAUAUUUGCUUUGUUGGUUUUGAACUAACUAUGGUUAACUUUUUUUCCUUACAUUUUUUGGUACGUUUGAUUUUCUUAAACGGAUCACUGAUGCAGAUAUUUUCUUUUUGUUGGUUCGGACACGCUCUAAUUUUAAAGAGUUCGGAAGUGGAAGAUGCAUGUUACGUGAUAGAAUGGAACGAGUGUAGUUUAUCGGAACAAAAAUUAAUUCUGAUGAUUAUGAUGCGGGCUCAGAAACCGUUAGCAGUUAGAGCAUUGUUCUUAACUUUAACGAUGUCGACAUUAACAUUGAUAUUAAAAACAUCAUAUUCUUAUUGUACAGUUUUGCGUACAAUGUACGAUUAAGAAAAUCACCAAAAUGUAACUGAUAAGGAAAAUAAAAACACAAUAUUGAAUGUUGUAAUGUUUAUUGUAAUUAAUAUAAUAUUCACUUGCUAAGAAA